UUUCGUUGACAGGGUUUAUUGCCUAGUGUUAUGUUCCUUUAAGUCUCAUUGGUAGAAGAGACAUGCUACUACAUACAUAGUAUGAUCCAGAAAUGGCUGCCUGGUCCCUCCCAGAGGAGGAGAAUUGAAAAUAUUAAUAAGUUGAUAAUGGAGAAAGUUCACUUCAGAGCAGAUCGAGGCGAAUACAACUGGCUUCGGCCAGCCUGCUUGUGGGAUCCUUCUGUGUUCAGGCUCUUCCUGUAACUUUCCAUCUGCAGACACUCAACAGACAAUGCUAGUUUUUAACAGAUCCUCUGUACCCCUUUCUUUGCCUAGUUCCCUGGUCAGCGUGUCUGUCUGUGUACCUAUUUGACAAAACUAUGUCAGACUCCAGUUGUCGACAAACAUCAAAAUGGAGAGAGACUAAUCAUUGCAUAUGGUGAGGGGACCUUCAGUUGUGUGCUUGUAAAGAAGGAUCAGAGUCCCAUGAGUCCCCUCCCAGGAGUACCUUUCAAUGCAAAUAUCCCUGCAGAGGACGAAUUCUGUCUGGCAUUCUGCUCAGACACCUAAACUCAAGGGCUGUCACUCAGACUCAGGAGAUGGAGUGUUUUGAACUGACCAAUCAGAGGCGCGGUCGGGGCAGGUGGGUGGGGAGAAGCGCCCCAAUCCCCCGGAAGUUCCUGCUUGGGACGCGCUGAGGACCGCAUCUCCCGCCAUUAAAGCCUCCUUGUGGUUCAGAGCCCUGUUCUGUCGAGUCGUGACCUGUAGAGACCGCAGUGUCCUAGGAAGGACUCGGGGGACCCGGGAGCCCUGGAAAUGGACUCAUUGACCAUUGAGGACGUGGCUGUGAACUUCACCCCAGAGGAGUGGGCUUUACUGGAUCCUUCACAGAAGAAACUCUACAGAGAUGUGAUGUGGGAAACCUUCAGGCACCUGGCCUCAGUAGGAAUAACGUGGGAAGAUCAUGAUAUUAAAGAUCAGUGCAAAGACAAUGGGACAAAACUACGAAAGCAUAUGGUAGGGAGACUCUGUCAAAGUGAAGGGGGUGGUCAGUGUGGAGAAAACUUCAGCCUUCUUCCAAAUCUCAGACGGAACAAGCAAACUACAGGAGCUAAACCAUGGGGAUGCAGCUCAUGUGGAAGAGUCUUCACACAUCAUUCAUUGCUGAAAAUGCACAUUAGACAUCACACUGAACAUAAAACAUAUGACUAUCAAAAAUAUGAAGAGAAGCCAUAUAAAUGUAAGGAAUGUGGGAAAGACUUCACUUAUCUCACUUUACUUCAAACACAUGAAAUAACUCACGCUGGAGAGAGACCCUAUGAAUGUAAAAAAUGUGGUGAAGCGUUUACUUCUUACAGUUCUCUUCGAAUACAUGGAAGAAUUCAUACUGGAGAGAAACGCUUUGAAUGUAAGAAAUGCAGUAAAGCAUUUACUUCCUCCAGUUGUCUUCAAAUACAUGUAAGAACUCACGGUGGAGAGAAGCCCUUUAAAUGUAACAUAUGUGGUAAAGCCUUCAUUUCUACCAUUUGUCUCUCAACACAUGGAAGAACUCACACUGGAGGGAAACCCUACAAUUGUAAAAAAGGCGGUAAAUCAUUCAGUUUUUCCAGUUCUCUUCAAACACAUGGAAGAAGUCAUACUGAAGAGAAACCCUACACAUGUAAAAAAUGCGAUAAAGCAUUCACUUCUUCAAGUUCUCUUCGAAUACAUGAAAGAACUCACACUGGAGAGAAGCCGUUUAAAUGUAAAAUAUGUGGUAAAGCCUUCAUUUCUACCUUUUGUCUCUCAUCACAUGGAAGAACUCACACUGGAGGGAAAGCUUACAAAUGUAAAAAAUGUGGUAAAGCCUUUACUUCUUCCAGUUAUCUUCGAGUACAUGGAAGAAUUCAUACUGGAGAGAAACCCUAUGAAUGUAAGAAAUGCAAUAAAGCAUUCACUUCUUCCACCUAUCUUCGAAUACAUGAACGAAUUCACACUGGAGAAAAGCCAUUUAAAUGUAAAAUAUGUGGUAAAGACUUCAUUUCUACCAAUUGUCUCUCAACACAUGAAAGAACUCACACUGGAGGGAAACCCUACGAAUGUGAAAAAUGUGGUAAAUCAUUCUCUUCUUCCCGUUCUCUUCGACUCCAUGAAAGAACUCACACUGGAGAGAAACCCUUUCAAUGUGAAAUAUGUGGUAAAGCGUUCAGUUAUACCAGUUAUCUUUCAAGACAUAAAAGAACUCACACAGGAGCAAAACCCUACAAAUGUGAAAAAUGCAGUAAAGCAUUCACUUCUUCCAGGUAUCUUCAAAUACAUGGAAGAAUUCAUACUGGAGAGAAACCCUAUGAAUGUAAAAGGUGCAGUAAAGCGUUCACUUUUUCCGGUUGUCUUCGAAUACAUGAACGAACUCACACUGGCGAAAAGCCCUUUAAAUGUAAAAUAUGUGGUAAAGCCUUCAUUUCUACCAAUUGUCUCUCAACACAUGAAAGAACUCACACUGGAGGGAAACACUAUAAAUGUGAAAAAUGCGGUAAAGCAUUCACUUCUUCCAGUUAUCUUCAAAUUCAUGGAAGAUUUCAUACUGGAGAGAAACCCUACGAAUGUAAAACAUGCAAUAUAGCAUUCACUUCUUCCAUUUAUCUUCAAAGACAUGAAAGAACUCACACCGGAGAGAAACCCUUUCAAUGUGAAAUAUGUGGUAAAGCGUUCAGUUAUACCAGUUAUCUUUCGAAACAUAAAAGAACUCAUACUGCAGAGAAACCCUAUGAAUGUAAAAGAUGCGGUAAAGCAUUCACUUCUUCCAGUUAUCUUCCAAUACAUGAAAGAACUCACACUGGAGAGAAACCAUUUGAAUGUAAACAGUGCAGUAAAGCAUUCACUUUUUCCAAAUCUCUUCGAGUCCAUGAAAGAACUCACACUGCAGAGAAACGCUCUGAAAGUAAAAUAUGCAAUAAAGUCUUCACUGCUUCCAGUUCUCUUCAGGUCCAUGAAAGAAGUCACAGUGGAGAGAAAGCCUCAUGAAUGUCAGGAAAGUGAGACAGGCUUUACUUCUCAUGCAACCUUUUGAGGAUAUGCACAAAUGCACACGAGAGGAUAAUCCAUGUAGACAUAAACAAGUUGGGAAAGACUUUUGUCAUCCCAGUUCUUCCUGAAGGCAUGAAAGGACUCACUUGAUAAAAACGUCUUGAAUGUAAACAGCAUGAGAAAGACUUCAAUUGGCCUACAUCCUUCUAUGUGAAACUCCCACCAAAAAGAAAUGUAAAUGUAAGUCAUGUGAGAAAGCUUCAUGGAAAUUAAUUUGUAUAUGAGGUUGUGGAAAACUUUCAACAUGAAAGAGUUGUUGUAAAAUAAAUAGAUUGUAUCUAUCAAGCCUUUCUUAAAGUGCCACUUUGGACUGUGCAUUUCUAUUAAUUUACUUCAGAAAUGAAUAUUGAGGGGCUGGUCCCGUGGCCGAGUGGUUAAGUUCGCGUGCUCUGCUGCAGGCGGCCCAUUGUUCCAUUGGUUCGAAUCCUGGGCACGGAUAUGGCACUGCUCAUCAAACCACGCUGAGGCAGCCUCCCCCAUGCCACAACAGGGCGGCCCACAAGCAAGAAUAUACAACUAUCUACCGGGGGGUCUGGGGACAAAAAGGAAAAUGUAAAAUCUUUGAAAAAAAUAUAUUAAAAAAAGAAAUGAAUAUUGAGGUGAGAUGAGUCUGCUAGUCAUCCUUCAUAAAUAGUAAAUAAGAUUCAUAGGUAGUGCUUUUCCCUUAAAUCAGUUAAUAAUAUUUUAUCUUUAGUUUUUUUUAACAAUGUUUUAAUUGUUCUAUGUUAGAGGGCUACGGAAAAGUGGCACUUUGUAUUUGUUGUGAUUUUCUUACUGGCCUUGUAUUAGAGUUCCUGCAUGUGCCUAAUUCAUUGUACACAUUGUCCAUGUUUUAGAGAAAGCUCCUUUUUGGGGAUGGUGGGUGGAGGAGCCUGUUUUUAUUUUCUGUACUAUUAAACAGUUCGAAAAAAA